AUGUUGGUCGCCAAAACCAACCAGGGAAUCGAAAAGAACAUUUCGCUAAAAGGUAUGCAACGAAAAUGUACUUUAAUGAUGCUAUUGGUCGGUGAAAUCAUUUCAAAACUAAAGCUGGAAUUAAAAGUGACGAGGGUUCGCGAAUACUCUGCUGAUCGAGCCUGUAUACGAAACAUCAAGACGGAUUUAAUUGUGGUAAGCACAUAACACAUAUCCCUGGAUAUUUCAGUUAUUUUUGUUAUAUUUCCUCAUUACAAAACUUUAUUGUGCACUUAUAGCGCUGUGGAAACCCAGACGGAUCAGCAGCCAUUUUGCCAGUAUAUGUUCAGCAGGGGGAAACAGCAGUGAAGCCAUAUAAAGAUUCUCCUAAGCAGUACGAAUACAUCCUACAACUUAUAAUGAAG